AUGAUUAUGGUUGUGAUCACUCACUCGAUUACAAUCUGUUUCCUCGUUGGCAACUUGUUAAUGAAUCGAGUCUUGCAACUGGCAAUAUUGCCUGGAAAAGAUUUCUUGUCAUUAGAAGUUUAUCCUUUUGUGCUACACUGCAUAUUGAGUUGUGUCGUUAUUGUAUUCAACAAACAAUGGAAACAAAAGCGAAAAUCUACUACUGUGAGCGUUGGU